UUACAUACUAUAUGAAGAGGUAGCGAUGGAUACAUUGGAACUAAAGCAAAGUCUGACUGGACAUAGAGGCAGAGUAUGGAGUGUUUGCUGGCAUCCUAAGAAUGCUUAUUUAGCAUCUUGCGGCGAGGAUAAAAAAAUUAUAAUCUGGGGAUUAGAAGGGCUUAAAUGGGUUACAAAGAUGAUUCUUACCGAAGGACAUUCUAGAACUAUUAGAGAAUUAGCUUGGUCCCUCUGUGGUCGUUACAUUGCAUCAGCGAGUUUUGAUGCAACUACUGCAAUAUGGGAUAAAAAUGAAGGACAAUUCGAAUGUAAUGCAACAUUAGAAGGACAUGAAAACGAAGUGAAAAGCGUUAGUUGGUCAUCCUCUGGUGACCUACUUGCUACAUGUAGUCGCGACAAAUCAGUGUGGGUAUGGGAAGUGAAUGGCGUAGAUGAAUUUGAAUGUGCUGCAGUUAUUAAUGCUCAUACUCAAGAUGUAAAAAAGGUGAGAUGGCAUCCUAAUGAAGAGAUUCUGGCUUCUGCGAGUUAUGAUAAUACAGUGAAGAUUUUUAAAGAAGAUCCGGCCGAUAGUGACUGGAUGUGUGUCGCAACUUUAUCAUCUCAUACUUCUACAGUGUGGAGUCUUUCAUGGGAUAAGAUUGGUAAUCGAAUAGCAACCUGCAGUGAUGAUAAAACGGUAAAGAUAUGGCGAGAAUACAAAUGUGGAAAUGAAACAGGCAUUCCUACACCAAAUAAUGAGCCUGUCUGGAAAUGUAUUUGCACACUGUCAGGCUAUCAUACCAGAACUAUUUAUGACAUUGACUGGUGCAAAACUACAGGUUUAUUAGUGACUGCAUGUGGCGAUGACAUUAUUAGGAUAUUUAAGGAAGAUAGUGAUUGUGAUCCACAUCAACCAAGUUUUACAAUGAUCUGUUCAAUGGACAAUGCACAUGCUCAAGAUGUUAACUGUGUUCAAUGGAAUCCUACAGUUCCUGGACAAUUUGCCUCUGCAAGUGAUGAUAGCUUAGUGAAAAUAUGGUUUUACAAUCAUAAAGAAUAA